AUGGACGAGAACGAUCUUACUCUGUUUUUGCAGACUGUAGAUAGACAAUUCCCAACAGUAAUAGGAUGUGAUCUAAACGGCACUGCGGUUUCUUUGAAAAGAAGAAUCCACUACAUUGAAGGGGUUGGUGAUGAUGAUGAUGAGUCACAUAAUAAGAUAAUGUCCUAUCCCGGUGGGCUACCCCCGCUGCCCCCCACCACAGACGACAACCCGACGGCGAAAGAGGAUAAUACUUGCGAACGAUGUCUCCGUAUCUUUCUUGAGAUCUUAGACAACAACUUGGGCCCCGUUUAUGCAAGACUCUCUCGAAAAAUAUACGGGAACAGUAAGCACUGGCGAGAAAAUAAGUGGUUGGAGAUGCUCUCCGCUCAACUAGUAUAUGUCAGUUACUGGGUCAGUGACUCUGAACCAGUGUUGUACACUUCUUUUAUGUUGACAGAAGAGAAUGGUAUCUCAUCCAUAGAGAGUACAGAUAGAGUCGUAUACCUCUACGAGAUCCAGCUAAUCGAGGCAAUCCGUAGGCAGAAACUUGGGCAAGCCAUUGUAAGUUACCUGACUGAAUGUGCCCUGGAGAGCCCAGAAGUCGCAGCCGUUGCGUUGACUGUAUUUAGUGACAACGAAAAAGCUCUAAAGUUCUACGAGCGUCUAAAUUUCACAUACACCAUUGAUUCGCCACGAGACGAAGUUACAGAAAAGCCCAGAAGACGAACAGCUGCCCGCACGGCGCUAGACCCUGCUAGAGACAGCGAUGUUAAAGUAACUAUAAAGAAGCCUACCUAUUACCUGUUGUAUUUGGAAGUGGUAAAUCAUGUGUAA